AUGCAAGAAUGUUCGAAUUUGAAAAAUUUAUUCCGAAAUGAAGAAGAACUGAGAUCAAUUGUUACUAAACUAGUUUGUUCUGGUGAUGUUUCCAAUUUGAAAAUAUUAUCCCAACUAAUCAGUACAAGUAAACUCGCAGAGAUUAAGGAUCAUAAACAGCGUAACUUAUUACAUAUUGCUUGCAAGUAUGGGCAUCAAGAGAUGAUUAAGUAUCUUGUUCAAAAUUUAUGUUUACCAGUUACAAAAGUUGAUCAAUCUGGAAAUAAUCCUGCACAUAUUCUACUAAUCUAUACUCUGAAAUCGAUUAAAGCAAAACCUAGAAAGAAACGACGAAGGAAUUCCAAAUGUAUCGUCAAGAAUUAUAUUAAUUGUUGUGAAUUAUUAAAAGUUAUCUUGCAUAAACACUCAAAUCUUCUCACUAUAUCAAAUAAAAAAGGAAUAAAAGCUAUCGAUUUACUACAGGAAUUAUGGAAUUAUUCUUCAGAAACUGAACGAGAAAUUGGCGAUAAUAUUAUAAAAGGUAUCUUAUUCGAUGAUAACAACAACAGCAGUACUUCGACUAUCUACACUACUAAUCAUCCAUCGUCGUCAUCAUCAUCAUCAUCACACUUAUUCAAAACGAUGAGAAAUAAUGAUACAGUGUAUUCAUUUUUAUCAGAUUCCGAUGAAGCAAACAAUUCAUCAAAUGAAUGGGAGGAUUAUUUUUCAGGUUUUUCUGAUAAACCAUUUAAAUCGCAUUUGGAUAGUAUCAAAGAGGAGUUUGAACAUCGUAAUCGAACUACCGGUGUAUCUCAUAAACCCCCGAAGUUGCAACAACCAGAAAGCCAAAAAAGUAAAUACUCUGAAUCCUAUGAAACGUUGGGAGCAGGUGAAGGAUUAUCAGCUGCGAGAUCGAUAAAACAUAAUUCAAAGCAGAAUCUUCUCGAAAACUCCUAUGAGACUUACCUAAAGAAAUGGAAACAGUUCUUAAGCUCAAACCUAAGUACCCUUCUUAAUUAUAAUGAUAUACCAUGGCCUCCUUUCUGUACAGUUAACCAAACAAAUUCAAUAGAAUCAUUGCAUAUCGAAAACAUUUUGAAAUUUGUUCAAUACUCAAGUCAGUCGUUACGUCAGUUACAAAUUGAUUGGCAUCCGGAUAAAUUUUCUGCACGUUUUGGAACACGUUUUAAAUCUGAGUCUGUAAAAAUAAGAGUUAUGAAACGCGUUGUAAAUAUAUCUCAACUUUUAAAUAAAGCUACUGAUUGUUUACGCAACAAAGAAGAAGCUAAAUAA